CUCUCUCUCUUCUCCUCCCUCUCUUCCUUUUCUCUUUUCUUUUUCUCAUUGCGACGCCUGCCUGGGCGACCGUCGCCGCUCUACACCAGGUGCCCAGGUCUUCGCCGGCGCCGAGCAGCCACCAGCCGCUGUGCAACAAAUCACGUCUGUCGAGGGCAUGGAUCCCUACAUGACAAGGCUCGGCGCCGGAGCCACUCACCAGCUUUCCAGGGCUGAAGCAAUGCCUGACCGAAGGUCUAGGUUUUGGCAGACAGAUGUGCAGCUUGCGCCUCGGAUAGACAUCAUCUGCCCUCUGCCUCGCCGCCCUUCUCGCCUACCGGUUCUCAAUAGCCCCAAGCUCAAUGGGGCACUCCCACUGUAUAGAGCAGACCCCACUUUUGAUAUCGUUGACCUCAUCCUUAGCAAGAAUGACCCUGAUGUGGAUACUGAUUCAAGCAGCCAGGCGGGCUUUUUCUGUGGCUCGCCUCCUGCACGCACUGACAACCCUGUUAUCAAUGACCCACAGUUUGGAAAGAAAACACCAUCCUUUUCUCCUUUAUUUGGUGGAAGCUCUUCCGGGAAAAUGACAGCUGGAAGAGUCGAAGUAGGUUCUCCGUCGUCUUGCGGGGCGAGCAGCCCGAAAGUAAGGAUCGAAGGUUUUGCUUGCGGGAACAAAGAGCCCCCUCACUGUUUUGCCUGAUGAUCCGGAUCAUUGACCCUACCUAACCCUGUUUUGCUACCCCCGCAACAUGUACAUUUCCCCUGCUAGUUUCUUUGGUUAAAAAACCUGGUAGUUUCUUUGAGUCGGAGUCGAGUAAGAGCGCUUGUUGUUGCCCCUUGUGAUGACCGUGGGUGGCUUUUGGUGCAAGGGAGCAGAGCACAGCUCUCGGAUGUAAAUAGGGUGGCGUAUGUAGUGCUAGAUGUUUGUAUGUGUCUGCUAAAAUGUAGUAGUAAGGUUGGGUGGGUCCAUGUGUCGGCGUCUGUAAAUAGCGUCAUGCAUUUGGAUGUAAAUUGAAAUGCGUCUUCAAUUAUU